UGGGGAUGCACUGUGUGACCCCUUGCUGGAGCCCAGGGAUGUGGGUCUGCCUUGCCAGGUGCUGGAGGGCAGCCCUGGGUGCUGCCCACCCAAACACACCCAGCCUCCACCCCGUGCUGCUGGAAUGCUCAAUCCCAGCUCUCCAGCCAUGUUUGCCUCCAUUUAAGGCCUGGAAGUGAGGGGUUAACCCGGCUCCCAGGCAGCCCCAGCCCGGUUUUGUGGAGGAGAAGCAGAUGUGGGAGCGGGGAGGCUGCGAGGGGCUGCCUGGGGCUGGGGCUGAGCUCCCCAGCUGAGGCACCGGGAAAUCAGGGCUGCAAAUUGGGAUCAGAUGUGGGCAACUUCCCCCUCUAAAUGCAGCACUGCAGGGCUGCUUGGGCUGCUUCUGCUCUGCCUGGGGAGGAGGAGGAGGAGGAGGAAGAGGAGGGUUUUGGAGUGUUGCUGGGGCCCAGGGAGGCUGCAGGGACCUGCAGAGUGUGGUGCUUCCUUUGGAGAGCUGUGUUUUCCUUGGGGAGUGCCCCUGCCAGGCUGGAGCAGGCUCUUCCCGGAGCAGGGAUGAUGCAGGAGCUGGUGGCUGGCGUGGAGAAGCUCAGGUUUGACUCAGAGGCUGAUGUGGAGGAGCUCGGAGCUCGGCCCCUGCCCUUCCCAGGGGUGGACAGUGUGCAGGGCCACCCCCGGCACGGCGGGGCCCAGCCCGCGGUGUGCAAGCAUUGGCUGCGAGGGCUCUGCAAGAGGGGCGACGGCUGCGACUUCCUGCACGACUACGACGCCACCAGGAUGCCCGAGUGCUAUUUCUACUCCAAGUUCGGUGAGUGCAGCAACAAGGACUGUCCCUUCCUGCACGCCCAUGGCACCGCCAGCACCGUGGGCUGUCCCUGGUACGACCGUGGCUUCUGCCGGCACGGUCCCCUGUGCAAGUACAAGCACACGAGGAGGGUGAUGUGUGCCAACUACCUGGUGGGAUUCUGCCCGGAGGGACCCAAGUGCAAAUUCGUGCACCUCAAGGCCGGCCUCAUGACCAGCAGCUCAGACCCAUCCAAGGUGAAGCUGUUUUCCCUGUUCCUAUAGGGGGUGAUGCCCCAG